CUCUUCCGGUCUUCUUCCUCUUCCCAUCCCUCCCUCCCCCUGUCCCGAGCCCUCCCGACCUACCCACGCAAGCUCAAGCUCCCCUCAAUCCAAUGCGGCUCUGAAAUCCCUCCACUCGCAGCCCACCACCUCCAUCCACCGUGCCUUGUAGCUGCGGACCUGCCGUAGCUCGGCGUCGCCGGCCGCAGCUCCUCCGCCCCUCACGCGCGUCGCCGCCAUCGCCGUUCCCAUUCUACCUCGCUCGUCGCCGUCUCGGCCCCGUCCUCACUCUUGGCCAUUGGUGAGCUCCCUGCCUUCCGGUGAUCAGUCAAGCCCAGCUGAGUUCCACGAGAUUUCGGGUGUGCCGGCGCACACCCGGCCGGCGGACCGUCUAGAUCCGCCCCUGCCGGACUUGUGAGCGAUGCUCCGGACGAGGAUACUCGUGCUGGCUGCUGUGAGCAUCGUGUUCGCCAACCUGCAGUUCUUGAAGGCUCACGGGAGGGAGCUGUUUCUGAGCUGCGGCUCCAACGCCACCGCCGAUGCCGAUGGCCGGAGAUGGAUCGGCGACAUGGCCCCUGACCUGAAUUUCACUCUGAGCAGCCCGGGGAUCGCUGCUCUGCUGGCCGGGAGCAGCAAUGGCAGUGAAAUCAUGGCGCCGGUGUACCGCUCCGCGCGCUUCUUCACCACGACAUCUUGGUAUGACUUCAGCCUGCUGCCGGGGAACUACUGCGUCAGGCUGCAUUUCUUCCCGUCCGCAUUCAGGAAUUUCAGUGCAAACGGUUCAGUGUUUGAUGUCGUUGCCAAUGACUUCAAGCUGGUGUCCAAGUUUAACGUGUCGGAGGAGAUAGUUUGGAGAAACUCAGUGAGCAAUUCGGCCGCCACUGCGGUUGUCAAGGAGUACUUUCUUGCAGUCAAUGGUUCUCGCCUGCAGAUCGAGUUUGAUCCAAGGCCCGGUUCAUUUGCAUUUGUGAAUGCGAUCGAGGUGAUGCUCACUCCAGAUAAUUCCUUCAACGGCAUGGUGAACAAAGUUGGUGGUGUGGAUGUGCACAUUCCUCCUGAAUUAAGCGGCCGAGCUGUUGAGACUAUGUAUCGACUGAAUAUUGGAGGGCCUGCACUUGCAUCUUCACAUGAUCAGUAUCUUCAUAGACCAUGGUACACUGAUGAAGCAUUCAUGUUUUCUGCCAACGCUGCUUUGAUUGUGUCCAAUACUUCAGCCAUAAAGUAUGUCUCAAGCAAUGACUCCUCAAUUGCUCCCCUUGAUGUCUAUGAGACCGCGAGAAUCAUGGGCAACAACAUGGUCAUGGACAAGAGGUUUAAUGUGACAUGGCGGUUCUUUGUCCACCCCAAUUUUGAUUACUUGGUCCGCCUUCAUUUUUGCGAGCUUGUCUAUGACAAGCCCAGCCAGAGGAUCUUCAAGAUCUACAUCAACAACAAGACAGCUGCUGAGAACUACGAUGUGUACAACAAAGCCGGAGGUAUUAACAAGGCAUAUCAUGAGGACUACUUUGAUAGUUUGCCGCAGCAGGUAGACUCGCUCUGGCUUCAGCUAGGCCCGGACUCCAUGACCAGUGCUUCAGGUACGGAUGCACUUCUCAAUGGUUUGGAGAUAUUCAAGCUCAGCAGGAGUGGCAACCUUGAUUAUGUGCUUGGUCAUAUUGAUAUGGGCAACAAAAGGGGGCGUUCCAAGGGUCGGAGCAGGAUAGGUUUAUGGGAAGAAGUUGGUAUUGGCUCGGCCGCUUUUGUGGCCCUGGUAAGUGUUGCUCUAUUCUCAUGGUGCUAUGUAAGGAGGAAACGAAAAGCUGUUAACGAGGAGGUCCCUGCUGGUUGGCACCCUCUGGUCCUCCAUGAGGCUAUGAAAAGCACUACAGAUGCCCGCGCAUCCAAAAAAGCACCCUUGGCACGCAAUUCAUCUUCCAUUGGUCAUAGGAUGGGCAGGCGAUUCAGCAUUGCAGAUAUUAGAGCUGCCACAAAAAACUUUGACGAGUCAUUGGUCAUUGGUUCUGGAGGUUUUGGCAAGGUUUACAAGGGUGAGGUCGAUGAUGGCAUUACAGUCGCAAUCAAGCGUGCAAAUCCAUUAUGUGGUCAGGGCCUGAAAGAAUUUGAAACAGAGAUCGAGAUGCUCUCCAAGCUUAGGCACCGGCACCUUGUUGCAAUGAUUGGCUAUUGUGAAGAGCAGAAGGAGAUGAUUCUGGUCUAUGAAUACAUGGCCAAGGGGACAUUGCGAAGCCAUCUCUAUGGAAGUGGCCUACCACCUUUGACAUGGAAGCAACGGAUUGAUGCCUGCAUUGGUGCGGCCAGGGGCCUUCACUACCUCCACACGGGAGCAGAUCGCGGUAUAAUUCAUAGGGAUGUUAAGACUACUAACAUCCUGUUGGACAAGAACUUUGUUGCAAAAAUAGCAGAUUUUGGGUUGUCGAAAACUGGACCAACACUGGACCAGACCCAUGUUAGUACAGCAAUCAGGGGUAGCUUCGGGUAUCUUGAUCCAGAGUACUUCCGGAGGCAGCAAUUGACACAAAAAUCUGAUGUGUAUUCUUUUGGUGUGGUUCUCUUUGAAGUUGCUUGUGCCAGGCCGGUUAUAGACCCUUCAGUGCCGAAGGAUCAAAUCAACUUGGCAGAAUGGGCUAUGAGAUGGCAGCGUCAGCGUUCGCUGGAAGCAAUAGCGGAUCCACGGCUGGAUGGUGACUACUCGCCAGAAUCCUUGAAGAAGUUUGGUGAUAUCGCGGAGAAGUGUCUUGCUGAUGAUGGGAGAACCAGGCCAUCAAUGGGUGAGGUCUUGUGGCACCUGGAGUAUGUGCUGCAGCUCCAUGAAGCUUACAAACGCAACGUGGAUUGCGAGUCAUUUGGAAGCAGUGAACUGGGGUUCGCUGAUAUGUCUUUUAGCAUGCCUCACAUCAGGGAGGGAGAAGAGGAGCAUCACCCAAAGAAAUCAGGUAUCAGAGAAGAUUCAGCCCCUUGAAGGUUUUUUCUGACAUGUGGUAACCCGCUGAACUAUCUUGAUUGCAUUGUAGCCGUGGUCUUGAUGUAAAACUGUGCUAUAUUGUUCACUUAGUUUCUUCUUAUUCUUUUGGGCGUUGUCCUGCUCGACAAGUGUAGAAUAAUAGGAUUUUUGUAGAUUGCCAAAAAAAGAAAAAACUUGGACGUGUCAAGUUCUUCCUUGACAUCCUGCUAUAUCAUGUGAUUUGUUCGACCCACGGGGUUUCAUGUAGUUCUGCCUGUGUGACAUGUAUAAAUGUUACUAAUAAUAUAAUUCAAUCCUUCAA